UUUUGCUUCUCCCGGGGCUGCCCCGUCCCGGUGCACCGAGCAGGCAGCCAUGCGGCCACCGCUCCGGCAGCACGCCCUCGCCGUGCGCGGCGGAGGAGCCGAGCCGGACCUUCACAUCGCGGGCAAGCUCUUCCCCGCGCUGCGCAAGACGGUCAUCUCGGGCGAGCGGCUGAGCGAGGCGCUGGCCAAGGUCCUCGACGCGGCGGCGCUCGCCGACCUCGCGGUCAUCGCGGCGCUGUGGCUCCUCGCGGACCCGCUCCUGCGCGGCUGGCGGCGGCUCCACCGCGAGGCGCGCGCCGCGCCGUGGGACCGGAGCUUCGCGCGGCUCUGGGCGCGGGGCCUGCGGCGCCUCGCCGCGACGAUGGGCGCGCUCUACGUUUUGGAUUUGGGCUGCCUCGCGGCGCAGACCAUGGGCGUGCCGCUGGGGCGCGACGACGUGCCGCUGCUCGCGGCGUCGUUCCUCUACCCCGUCUGGUUCGGGCGGCUGGCCUCAAAUAUAAAAAGGCGGGCGCUCAGGGUCUACCCGUCGCGCGAGGGGCCCGUCGCGCCGAACGGCGACGGGAAGGUGUUGGUCUACGACCGGCUCUGCGACGUCGCGCUCGCCGUCUUCGUCGCGGUCGUGAUCCUCGAGCUGCUCUCGCUGGAGCUGGGCGUGGCCUUCGCGUCGUUGGUGGCCGUGUCGGGCGCGUCGUCCGUCGUCGUCGCCCUGGCCUGCCAGGAGCCGCUCAAGCACGUGAUCAACGGCCUGCUACUAACGUUCAGCGACAAGUUCCGGCCGGGCGACGAAAUUAGUUUUGGGGACGUCGCGGGGACGGUCGUCAACUGGGGCUGGUUCGACACCAAAAUAAGGCAGUACAACGAGCGCACCGUCGUCGUGCCGAACGGCCAGAUCAUGAACGCCAAGCUCAUCAACAUCAGCCGGCAGCGCUGGGGCCAGUACAAGACGGAGCUGCGGCUGCGGCUCGAGGACGGCCCGAUCAUGGACGAGGUCGUCGCCGCGAUCCGCGCGGCCGUCGCGCCGCACGCGAUCUCGCGCGACCGGAACGUGUGGGUCCACUGGCGGCGCAUCGACCGCGACGCGCUCGUCGUGGUCGUCGACGUGAAGCUGCCCGUGCCGUCGGGCACGACGGCCUACCACGAGUUGGUGGAGAGGCUCAACGCGAACAUCGUGCGUGCCAUCAAGGAGGCCGAGGCCGACCUCUGCCUGCCGACGUCGCGGCGCAUCUAGGCGGCCGCGCCGGAGAGACGUAAGGACCUUAAGUUUACCGGGGCACGACUUGGUACGCGCGUCGCCCCGGACCCCGCUCGUCCGUCACGCCGGGGAGACGUAAGUACCUUCAAGUUCA